AUGGAGACCAUCACCAACCUUGCUACUACUGCUACUACAGCAGCUUCCAAGCUCAUCUACGGCGAUCAGACGCACAACAACGAAACUGCUGGCAAGGAGCCAAUCUCGGGCGAGAAAGGCGCUGGAACUGCAACUGACCCCUACGACAAGGGCAAUGCUGCAACCCCUCUAGCUACAGCCGACAAGACCGACUAUGUCGAUUCAUCUAACAACGAGACGGCCGGAAAGGAGCCUGUAUCUGGAGCAUUGGGCAAUGGCACUGUUAGCGAGCCGUUUGACCAGGGCAACGAUACCAAGGCGACUGAGACCGCAGCAGAGAAGACGUCUGGUUCGGAUGCUUUCUUGAAGUUGGACCCCGUUCACCAAAUCCAGGCUGAGACAACCACUUCUGCCCCUACCAUCGACUCUGCUAGCAAGAACGACACUUCCAACGUCGGCAUGCCCAUUACCUCCCUUGCUCCUGACACUGCUGUAUUGAGCAACAAUCCCACAUCAAGCGCAACAGAGACCACUGGCGUCACGGACAAGGUUUGGAAGGACACCCCACUAGAUGACAUCAGCCGCUCAGGUGCUCCGGGAGCUGGCCCUACAGCGCCCAGCAAUGUCACUUCUGCGACUCCCGGCCUUGAGGCGAACACCUCUGCCACCACCUCUUCUGAUGCCGCUAUCAAGACUUCAGCCCCCGACUCAGUGACGGCUUCGUCCGGUCUUUACUCUGGCUCCGAGCCUCAGCGUCCAGAAACCGAUGCUGGCCUCAACAAGACCGAAGCCGAGAAGGAAGCCGAGAAGCGUGAUACUCCGGCAUGGACAAACACGGGCGUGACUUCGGAUAGCAGCAAGUACGAAGAGGACGUUGCCAAACAAAACGCCGCUUCUCCAAAGGAGUCCAAGAGUACGUUAACACAAAAGGCCACGGACACUGGUCGCAAGUUGUCGUCUGAUAGCCACGAGGAGAAGGGCGGCAAGAUGUCGCACUUGAAGGAGAAGAUGAAGAACAAGCUUCACAUUGGCUCCAAGGACAAAUAG